UCAAGUCGAAAAUCGUAUCCGGCUGGGCUGACCUCUCCUCAAAUCAGUUCACUCUCUCGUUCGGCCUAAACCACUCGAUUUUGUGUCGGCUCCUGGCUAAGUAACUGAAAAAAAAAACUUUCACCGAAAAAUUUAAGAUGUGCGGCGGUUGGGCCUGUGCUUCCUACAAUAUCGCGUGCUGCAAUCCGCGAAACUCGACGUUGCGCUACACAGGCCGCUGCUUUGCGCCCACCCCCUGCGGUCCCAACGACGACUGCGCCGUCUGCGGUGGGUGCUGUGGCGGAUGCUGCGGCGGAUGCUAG